UGUGGACCUUCUUCACCUUCUGUCCUAGCAGGUGGCCAGGUGUGCCGCCCGCCCUUGCUGCACAGUUCCCUCCCUUGGCUGGAUGGGAGCAAAGCCCUGGGAAGCCACCACCACGGCACCUCCCCAUGGAACCUGAGCCCCUUCUCCAAGACCCCCAUCCACCACGGCUCGCCUGGACCCCUCUCCGUCUACCCUCCGGCUUCCUCCUCCUCUUUGUCGGCAGGCCACUCCAGCCCACACCUCUUCACCUUCCCGCCGACCCCUCCCAAAGAUGUCUCCCCGGAUCCCUCCAUCUCCACUCCGGGUUCCACGGGAUCCAGUCGGCAAGAGGAGAAGGAGUGCAUAAAGUACCAGGUGUCUUUGGCCGACACCAUGAAGCUGGAGUCUUCUCAUUCCCGGAGCAGCAUGGCUUCGCUAGGAGCCGCCUCUUCCUCAGCUCAUCACCCCAUCACCACCUACCCAUCCUACGUUCCUGAAUAUGGCUCUGGACUUUUCCCUCCUAGCAGCCUCCUAGGGGGAUCUCCGACUGGCUUCGGGUGCAAAUCCAGGCCCAAAGCACGUUCCAGCACAGGUAGGGGUCCUUAAUGGAUUCUUCAUUAUUUUCCUUUGGAAAUGAGUCAACUCUAGGAUGUGAGCAAAAGAGGUCUGGAGGGGGAUAAUUUGGUUGAGCGACUGGGUUUUGAGUGAAAAUCCAGGCCAAAAGCAUGCUUGGUCCAGCUAGGGUGCUAUACGGAUUAUUAGAAAAAGCAAAGAGAAAGGCAUGUUUUCUUUUCCAACAGGGAUCAAACUCAAUAAUACAAAGGCCACCAAGAAAUCAAAGAGAGGGCACAGAAUCUUUCCGCUCAAAAUACAGGGACAAUGUGUUCCACAGUGCCGAUUUUAUUCUAGCUCUGCCAUUUAGAAAGAACUGAACAAGCUUAGAGGGGCUCCACUUGGUCUCCCACACUGACACGGU